CGCUAAUAUCCAUACAAUCCAAUUAUUUAAUGACAGAAUGUCGAUCCAAAUUCUAAAAAUAUUUUGUUGUAAUUAGUGCACGUUUUGAGUAAUUUCCAAUUAAAAUCCAUGCCACAAUUAGUACACCUGCAGUGUUUAUUAUUAUAUGUGGCUAAAGCGCUAGAGACGGUUUUGUUGAAUGCUUUUUUUUGUUAGUAAUUUUUUCGCGAAUUUAUUACUUUGGAAUUUGGUCUACUGUUUUUUUUUCUAAGUACCUACCUAUAUUGUUUGUCAACAAUUCAAGAUUUUGCUACUUUUAGUUUAUUAGAUUAAAAAAAAAAAAAAAUGGAAAAUAAAGAAAUUUCUGUUGAAAUAGUCACCAAUAAAAUAUACUUUGUAGAAGAAGCCAUGAAUAUUUCUUUCAAAUUUAUCAAUAAAUCUUUGAAACCAAAAUACUCUGAUUGGAUUGCAUUAUAUAAAUGUAGCAGCAAUAGAAAUUUAGAAGAAUUUGUUGCAGUAGAAACUGAUUUAAAAAUCCACACACCAACAAAGUAUGGUUUUUAUCAAGUUAAAUUUUUUGCAAAUCAGUUGAAGAAUGUUGAAUGUAAUAUAGCCUAUGAAUUUCUUUAUGGAAAUGAAUUUAAUGAGAUUUAUGGAAUUAGUCAUCCAAUACGUUUUAUUCAUCAAAAUGAAUGUAUUUAUUGUUAUCCCAAUAAUUCAGAAUUAGAAACAAAUCAUUGUAAUAGUUGUGUUUCUCAGGAAUUAAUUAAUUCAUUAUUAGCCCAUAUUUCUACUUUGGAUAGUCAAUUGACUGACUGCAAAAUAAAAUCUAAUGAGAUUAUAUCAUUGAAUAAACGUUUAAUGGCUCAAAUGAAUGAAAACGAAGUAAUUGUUAAAAAAAAUAAUGAAUUCUUAAAUGAAUUGUUUUAUUCUAAUGAACCUGUGACUAGAGAUGAAUAUAAGUGGAUCGAAACAUGUUCUGAUAUUGAUUUAAAAAUGAGUUGUAUUGAAAGCAACGAAUAUGAACUACAAGAUUUAUCAAAUCAAAAUUAUGAAUUAGAAAAAGCAUUAGAAAAGUUCACUAAAAAAGAAGAGGACAAAGAAAUUGACGAUGUUCAGUCCCUUAACACUGAUAGUUACAAGAUGCUAGAUUGUACAGUAAAUGUAGAAAGUGUGUUUACACCAGAGCCAUCAAAAGCAACUAUUGUGUUUAUUGACAGCGAUGAAGAUGAUGUUUAGUUGUUUCAAUAUUGUUAUUAUUGAAAAUAUCAAUAAGAAUUUACAUUUAUAUUUUAAUAUAAAAUGAUUACUUAUUCUAAG